AUGCUGAAACCUUUCUGCUUUUACCUCCUGAAUGCUCUGGAUUUCCUUCAUACCGAGGCCGGCUUGAUCCACACAGACAUUAAGGCAUCAAAUAUCCUCCUGGAGAACAAGGAUGAAGACGUGCUGCCCGAUAUGGAGAAGAUAGAGACGGAGCACCCGAGCGAGCGCAAAGUCAUCGAUGAGCAGCGCACAAUCUACAAAUCCCGACGGAUGCCUAAGCCGAAGUCAUGGGGCUAUCCGAUCCUUUGCGAUUUCGGAGAAGCGCGGUUUGCAGAGCGGAAAUAUGCCGAAUACAUUAUGCCAGAGAUCUAUCGGGCUCCGGAGGUGAUCCUUGAAAUGGAAUGGGACUACAAAGUCGAUAUCUGGAAUUUCGGAGUUAUGAUAUGGGACCUCUACGAGGGAAAGCAUCUCUUUGAUAGUAGGACCGAUGAAGGCGAGCUGAGCAACAUCAAACACCUCUCGCAAAUCGUUGCGUACUUGGGACCCCCUCCUCGCGAGUUUCUCGAAAAAGACGGGAGCGCCUUCUUAUUCUUUGGCGAGAAUGGCACAUUGAUGGACGCUAAAAUUCCUCCGCUUUCAUUUGAAACCGAGGAAGAGAAUCUAGAAGGACGAGACAAGGAAAACUUUCUUGCCUUUAUGAGGUCAAUGCUGUGCUGGUUACCGGAACAGAGAAAGACGGCAAGGGAGCUUCUGGAGCAUCCAUGGAUGGGUCAAAAAUAG